AUGCACAUUCAGUGUGCCUCUGAUGCGCUUUUGUGUCAAGUGUUUCCGGCUACUCUUAAAGGACAAGCUCGAACUUGGUUCUACUCUCUGUCGGGGGACACUAUAAACACCUUUAACAAGCUUGCAAAACUGUUUGCGGAGCAGUUCAUCGCAAAUCAAAGGAUCAUCAAGGAUUCAUCCCAUCUCUCGGAAAUUCGUCAAAGUGAAGGAGAGUCACUCAAAGACUACUUCCGCAGGUUUUCUACUGAAGCCCGACAGAUCCCGGAAGUAGAUCCAGAGUUACUAAGAGGAGUCUUCUGUUGGGGGCUCCGCCUAGGACCUUUCCACUCGUCGUUGAUGAGGGAGACGGUUCAUUCUUAUGCUGACCUUGUUCACCGUGUUGAGGCACAAAUCUCUGCAGAUGAGGCCAUCAUUGCUCACAAGGAACAAUUUGAGCGAUCGGGGGGCAAGCGCAAGAAUAAUGCUGGGGAUACCAAUCAAAUCUCACAAUGA